AUGGUUUCCGUUGCAAAACGUUUUGGACUAAUGAUUACACCCCUGGUACCCGACAGAAACACGCCUGUGAAAUGGACAUAUUUUGAUAGUUUGUAUAGAAUAAUCGACGACAGAUACAGAAUUUACAGAUCAUCCGCUGGAUUGUAUUUGUGAUUAAUAGUUUUCCUGGAAUGUCUUGUAGAAUGACCUCUCUCCAAAUUGGAUUGUUAUUGGGCGCUUCGGUGUGUUGUAUUAUUUUCCUGGGGCACGCGGAGGCUCAGGCAUUCGGGGAACAAUGUUUGGACAAGUUCAAGAAGGGCCGAGACGAUUUCGUUCUCGACACCAAUGAGUCGGUCAAAGACGGUGCGACUUUCAUCUCUUCAGUGAAAGUUGAGCGCUCCAAUGACUGUAUACGCUCCUGCUGCAAAGACCCCAGAUGUAAUGUCGCUUUCAUGGAGGUUUCAGAUGAGGGCUUGAUCAAGUCAUGCUUUCUCUUUGACUGUCUAUACAAGCAGAGCUACGUCUGCCGAUUUGUCAGGAAGAAGGGAUUCCAGAACUACAUCAUAGACUCUGUGUAUGCAAGUGAUCUGGCAACAAAUGGGUUCCCAGAUGAAGAGGACCACCCUCCAGUGGCCAAUGGAGGUCCGGACAGAGUGGCCCAGCCCCAGGAAAGUUUGACUCUGAAUGGCAUUGAGAGCAAAGAUGACCACGAGAUUGUCACGUACCAGUGGCACCUAGUGUCAGGCAACUCCUCCGCUGUCAUAGAGAAAACUCAAUUCGAUGACCAAGUGAUCGUGUCCAAACUGACGUCUGGGGUGUACAAGUUCCAGCUGACCGUCACAGACUCCAGCGGGCAGUCCGACCAAACCCAGAUCACCAUCCUGGUGCUCACCCCUGAGCAGUCUGAGGAUCACUGCCUGGUCCCCAAGAAGGUGGGUCCCUGUCGUGGGUCCUUCCCCCGCUGGCACUACAAUGCAGCCUCAGAAAAGUGUGAGGAGUUCCUGUUUGGGGGCUGCAGAGAGAACCUCAACAACUACCUGUCCCUCCAGGAGUGUACCAAUGCCUGUGAUGGUGUUUCAGUUAUGUCCAGCGUUGGCAGUGGCAGAAGUGGGCCACUUCCAGCCCCUAGAGAGGUGUGUGGGAUCCCCUGUAGGUCAGGCCAGUUCACCUGUGCCAACAGCUGCUGCCUUGACCAAGGCCUGGAGUGUGACAAGGAGCAGCAGUGCAGCGACGGCUCAGACGAGGAGAACUGCGAGUACUUGAACGACAAGUUCCGGAUUCUACUGCAAAUUCCUGUGGAUGAACAGAAAGUUCGCUGCACAGUUCACCCCAAAACGGGACACUGUCGUGACAGUUUUACCAAGUGGUACUACAACCCUCUCUACGAGAAGUGUUUCCGUUUCAACUAUGGCGGCUGCGACGGGAAUGACAACAGAUUUGACACUGAAGAUACUUGUAUGACGACCUGCAAACUGGUAACAGAAAAGGACAUCUUUGAGAGAAAGGAGUCAUUUGAAUACCAGGACACUCAAGGCCAUACAGGCAGCAUAGCAAUAGCCGCACUGCUUGGCCUGGCCAUCAUCAUACUGCUGGUUGUUCUAUGUUACUGCUUCAUGAAGGGCAGGAAGAAGCAGCCUCAGCGCCAGCGGGUACCCAUCAACGGCACCCAGGUCCACACCAAGGAGGACACAGAGCGCCUUGUCUACAACAGCACCACCAAGCCCAUCUGACCUCUAACCUUUGACCCCCACAGGCCAGCCAUUAGUGUUACCUUGCAAAGGUAUUCAGACCCCUUUGAUUUCUUCAUUUAUUGUUAGUUUUUAAAUUCUUCAAGCUCUGUCAAGUGUUGCCAUUUAGUAUUUCAAGCAGAUUUAAGUAAAAAUUGGAACAUUCACUGUCUUCUUGGUAAGCAAUUCCAGUGUAGAUUUGGCCUUGUUUUGUA